AUGGCUUGCAAUGUGCUCCUUUUCUCUGCAUUUGUCGUUGUCAUGUCCUUCUUCUUGUGUAGUGUUCAUGCCAAGGUCAACAUGAAUGCAUCCUCUUUGACUAAUGGAGAUGAUAGUCUGAGAGGAAAGUCGUCUCUCGAGUCGAAGAAGGCUGUGUUCGAUGUGCGCAAACAUGGCUCUUACGGAGAUGGACAACAUGAUGAUACAAAGGCAUUGUCAAAGGCAUGGGCUGCGGCUUGCUCCUCUUUGCAACCUUCUAUUGUUCUUGUUCCAAAGGGCAAGAGAUACCUCACCAAGCACAUUACACUAUCUGGCCCAUGCAAAUCCAGCAUCACGUUCAUGAUAGAGGGUACUUUGGUGGCUCCUCCAAAGAGGUCAGAUUGGAGCAAGGAAACUAUUAGGCACUGGAUUAUGUUCAAUGGUGUAAUUGGUCUUACUGUCGCUGGCGGUGGGACGGUCGAUGGAAAUGGCAUGCACUGA